AUGUUGCAGAAGACUUAUGGUGAUUCAGCACUAUCAAAAACCUGUGCAUAUGAGUGGUACAAAGCCUUCAAGGAGGGUCGAGAAGUCGUCGAAGACUUGCCUCGUUCUGGACGCCUGUCGACAAGUUUGACCGAAGAUAACAUCGAAAAAGUGAAGGAAAUUGUACUCGAAAACCGUUAUUUCAGCUUAAGAGAGGUAGCACACGAACUUAACAUGUCCCAUGAGUCCGUUCGUUCGAUUUUGAUCGAUAAUUUGGGUAUGAGACGCGUCGCCGCAAGACUCGUUCCAAAAGACCUGAAUGCGCCGUCUCACCGAGCUACGAUUGUGACUGAUUUUCUCGCUAAAAACUCAACAAAUGUACUUGAACAACCACCGUAUUCACCAGAUUUGGCACCGUGUGACUUCUUUCUCUUCCCAAAACUGAAAUUGCCGUUCCGGGGUACCCGUUUUGAGUCGAUUGAAGCCAUGAAACAAAAAUCGGCGCGUGAACUGAAGGCCAUCCCGGAAAGCGCCUAUAAGAAAUGUUUCGAAGAUUGGAAAAAACGAUGGCAUACGUGCGUUGCUUCAAAUGGAGCCUACUUUGAAGACGACCCAAUAAAUUUUGAUGAAUAA